AAUUAUUAUUUAAACCCCUAAAUAUUCCUCUUUUCUAUAUUUAAUUAAUUAAAUAUAAUUACAAUAAAUAAAUCCUUCAAAAACCAAAACACUCUUCUCUCUCUUUCUCUCUCUCAACCUCUCAAUACAGAGUAUCAGAGCCGUUACCGUACACUUUACUGUUUUUCUACAGUUCUUCUCAUCUUCAGCUUCGUUUUCUUCUUCUCUCUUUUACAUUUUUUAAAAAAAAAAAUAUUUUUUUGGGUUAUUUAUCGCUCAGAUUUGGGAUUCGGUGUUUUGUGGAGUUCUGUAUAGUGUUUUUCGAGGGUUAGGGUUUCGGCAUUAUGAUGUGAAACCCUAGCGAGGUGGGGGGUUGGUUGGGUUAGGGUUUUGUGAGAUCUGGAGUAGGGUAAAGGAGGGGGAGGGGGGACUUUGCAAUGGGGAAUUGUUGCAGAUCUCCGGCUGCCGUUGCUAGAGAAGAUGUGAAAUCGAACUUUUCCGGUCACGAUCAUGGCCGGCGGGACUCGAAUGCUGUGAAGAAGGCGCCGGUCACUGUGUUGACUGGGGUUCCGAAGGAGAAUAUUGAGGAAAAGUAUUUGGUGGAUCGGGAGCUUGGUCGUGGCGAGUUUGGUGUUACUUACCUCUGUAUUGAGCGUCAGACGAGGGAGUUACUGGCUUGUAAGAGUAUUUCGAAGCGGAAGCUGAGGACUGCGGUGGACAUUGACGAUGUGAGGAGGGAAGUGGCGAUAAUGAAGCAUUUGCCGAAGAAUUCUAGUAUUGUGACCUUGAAGGAGGCUUGCGAAGACGACAAUGCGGUUCAUUUGGUUAUGGAGUUGUGUGAGGGUGGCGAGCUUUUUGAUCGGAUUGUCGCUAGGGGUCAUUAUACAGAGCGAGCGGCUGCGGCGGUGACAAGGACGAUUGUGGAGGUUGUUCAGCUAUGUCACAAGCAUGGGGUGAUUCAUAGGGACUUGAAGCCAGAAAACUUUUUGUUCGCGAACAAGAAGGAGAAUUCGCCUUUGAAGGCUAUUGAUUUUGGGUUGUCCAUAUUUUUCAAACCAGGUGAGAAGUUCUCUGAAAUUGUUGGCAGUCCAUAUUAUAUGGCUCCAGAGGUGCUCAAGCGGAGUUAUGGACCAGAAAUUGAUAUAUGGAGUGCAGGAGUUAUUCUCUAUAUAUUGUUAUGUGGUGUUCCUCCUUUUUGGGCAGAGUCUGAACAAGGUGUUGCACAGGCAAUUCUUCGUGGCCUAAUAGAUUUUAAACGUGAUCCAUGGCCCAAUAUCUCAGAAAGUGCCAAGAGUUUAGUGAGGCAGAUGUUGGAGCCUGACCCAAAGAUAAGGCUAACUGCAAAACAAGUUCUUGAGCAUCCGUGGCUCCAAAAUGCUAAAAAAGCUCCUAAUGUCCCUCUUGGAGAUGUUGUCAAGUCAAGGCUAAAGCAAUUUUCAAUGAUGAACAGAUUCAAGAGAAAGGCCUUGAGGGUGAUAGCAGAAUUCCUAUCCACUGAAGAAGUUGAAGACGUAAAGGAACUGUUUAGAAAGAUGGACACUGACAAUGAUGGUAUUGUUUCAAUUGAAGAAUUAAAAUCUGGACUUAAAAAAUUUGGAUCCCAGCUUGCAGAGUCUGAAGUUCAGACGCUUAUUGAAGCUGUUGAUGCUAACGGGAAGGGAACACUGGACUGUGGUGAAUUCGUUGCUGUUUUCUUACACCUACAAAGAAUGGCCAAUGAUGAGCAUCUUCGCAAGGCCUUUUCCUACUUCGACAGGGACGGGAACAAUUACAUCGAGCCAGACGAGCUCAGAGAUGCAUUGAUGGAAGAUGGAGCAGAGGAUUGUACAGAUGUAGCCAACGACAUUUUCCUAGAAGUAGAUACAGACAAGGAUGGGCGUAUUAGCUACGAUGAAUUCGUGUCAAUGAUGAAAACCGGAACAGAUUGGAGAAAGGCUUCUCGGCAUUACUCAAGAGGAAGAUUCAACAGUCUUAGCAUGAAGCUGAUGAAGGAUGGUUCUUUAAAUUUGGGGUAAUUGCUAGUGAUUGAAGCACUCGUGGAUGAGGUUGAAUUUUCAACAAUAUGGAAUGGAUACAAAAGAGGUGCUGUAUCAUUUUCUGCCCAUCUGGUACUUGCUUUCUUUUGUGAUUAUUUGAUAGUGUCCCAUAGAUAAAAAUGGGCCUACUUUUGCUUGGUGCCUUAGAAGGAUGAUGAUGAUGGAGGGGUCUGAGUACAAUUAUUUGUCCCAGGCAAAAAAUGUUGAUUUGUGUAAAAACAUCGGACCUUGUAGCCUACGGCACGACAUGUAUGAUUCUCUGUCCUCUUUUUGCCAUUUCAACCUUUCUGUGAUUGUUUUUGGUUGACAAUGUGGAGUUGAACUACGAAAGUGCUGUAGCAUACUGUUGUAAAAGAAAUAUGAAGGUCUUUCUUUGUAGUGUGCAUGUUAUUGGCCACAACUCAGAAUUACGAUUCUGCCCCUACCCUUCAAUGGAAAAAGUAAGGUUUGUAUUUGUA